UAGGAGGCCAUUUUCGCUUGUUCCAAGCAUUGUUUUAAAGUAUUUUUCACUCUUACGGGUACAUCCCUGCACCAUAAUCUUUUACCAUACACAUACAAGCAUUGAUGCAAUAAAGAGUGAUCCGCCCUUAUUGUUUUGGUUUGUUGGUUUGGUAAACACUCUGCACAGAGGCAGAACAGUAAAAGAUUAUGACCAGGGACAACCUGUAGGACGAUGGCAACAGGGGAAGGGGAGAAACAACAGGUCAAAGACGAACAGGAUGAUAAACAAUCCAGGAUUCGGACUCUUACAGAGAAGGGUCAGGCAUCCUUUGACCAAACGUUCCUUGAUCUACAAGAAAAGUGCACUAGCGCGUGGAGGGAGGUAGAGGACCUCAUCGCAAAUUGUGAUGGUGACAAUACAGACAGGAAAUACCUAAGGACAACAGAAGAUCACAUAAAUGCAAAAUUCAAACAGUACCUUAAAGAAAGUCAAGCCCUAGCAAACUUCCUUGGAAGAGCACGCACAGAGCAAGCUCUACAGAAACUGGAGCAGCAUGAGUCUCAGUAUAGCACAUAUUCCGAUAUAGUGUUCACAUUUCGAGAUGUCCUACAUAAUAAACUAUUAGAGGCAGCCGAACGACUCUCGGAAAAGUUUGAAGUGAAAUCCAGGACUUCAUCACAAGCCUCAAAGACAAUAUCAGAAAUACUCAAAAAACGAGUGCAAGCGGAGACCCAGCAAACAAGACUUAAAUUCUUGGAAGAGCAGGCGGCUCUGGAAAAACAAAAGGCAGCUACCGAUAUUGAUAUAUGGCUUUCUAAAGAAAAAGAAGCAGCAGCUGUGGCAAACGCAGAAGUAAACGCCAUGGAAAAUUACGAUCGUGGAUCUCAAGGAAGUUUUCAAUUUGACAUUGAAGAACAAAGUGUGGAACGGACGGCCAGAGAAAGAACUGAAGCUUAUGUGAACUCGCAGGCCAGCAACCACUCAGAAAUCACACCUAGCUAUGUUCAACAUGAUGAUGCCUCACAUCGUUCGAGACCUGCAAGCAUCAGUCAAGCAGGAUUUCAUUUUCCAACUGCCAGUCAUGUUCAACCUCAUGAACAGUCACCUAUAGUUGACCUCAGUAACUACCUUUUGAAAAAGGAUUUACUAUUACAUCGUUUCUCGGCAUUUGAUGACUCGGCGCAAAACUAUACAGUGUGGAAAGUUGGUUUCCUGAAUAUUCUGAAGGAAUUGAAAGCAUCACCAAUCGAAGAACUUGAUUUAUUGACAAAAUGGCUGGGCCCCGAAUCAAAAAGAUACGCUCUAUCCAUACGUUCAGCAAAUACUCACCAACCUGAGAGGGGUUUAUCCCUGAUAUGGGCACGAUUAGAAGACCUCUAUGGAAAACCAGAAAUGGUGGAGGCAGCGUUGAAGUCAAAGCUCAAGGACUUUCCAAAAAUUACAGAGAUGGAUCCGAAGCGUUAUUAUGAUCUACUUGACUUGCUUUAUGAGAUUGAGUCCAACAAGCAGGACCCAAAAUAUUCCAGACUACUUGGAUACUAUGACACUUCCUCAGGCAUAUUGCCUAUUGUUAGUAAACUCACCAAUCAAGUACAAGAUAAAUGGGCCACCCGUGCAUCUCAGUAUAAACGUUUGAAUCAUGUUCCAUUCCCACCAUUUAGCAUAUUUGUCAGUUUCAUACAGGAGAUAUGUGAAUUGAAAAAUGAUCCAGGUCUUAUUUCUAGUACGAGGUAUCCAUCCGACAAGAAGAGAGAACCUACAAACAAAGUCUUUGUCCGGAAGUCAGACGUUGGUACCGAAACGCCAACAUCCUCUAUGCGGUGCCCUAUACAUAAGGCUGACCAUUCCUUGGAACAAUGCCGUGCCUUUCUGGCAAUGACAUUCCCAAAUAAACGCGACUUUCUGAAAAGUAGGGAACUCUGUUUCCGUUGCUGCAAGGGAAAGCAUAGGGCCAACAAGUGCAAACUUAAAGUGAGUUGUGACGUUUGUAAAAGCGACCGCCAUGUUACGUGUAUGCACUUUCAUAGAGACUCUGGGCAAGAGAAUGGCGGGGAGAGUUCAUCUAAGGAAUCACCAUCUGGGAAGGGAGAUGAAAACAUUAUCACGUCCUCUUGUACCCGAUUGUGUGGGAAGGAUAGAGUUGGCCGAUCUUGUGGGAAAAUUGUCCUUGUGAACGUAUACCCAUCUAACAGACCUGAUCUUACCUUUAGAACUUAUGCUAUGAUAGACGAUCAGAGCAAUAGAACCUUAGCUCGUUCCAAGUUUUUUGAUUACUUUGGGUUAGGGGGCAAUGACUGUGUUUUCACGUUGAAUUCCUGUGGUGGAAGUGUUACAUUUUCUGGAAGAACAGCAGAGGGAUUCGUCAUCGAGCCAGUGUCAGCUGAACAGAAGUUGUACUUACCUAAAAUUAUAGAAUGUGACGAGAUUCCCAACAAUCGUAAGGAAAUACCGACUCCUGAAGUGGCGUCUGCAUAUCAACACCUGUUGGAUAUUGCACCAUUAAUUCCUGAUUUGGAUCAUACAGCCGAGAUUCUGCUUCUCAUAGGAAGGGAUCUGAUCCAAGCGCAUCAUGUGAUCGAACAAAAACUUGGGCCCCCAGACUUGCCGUUUGCGCAAAAACUCUACUUGGGGUGGACUAUUAUCGGUGAAGUGUGUUUGGGUAGUGCUCAUAGACCUAAUUCCAUUGUAGUGAAUAAGACUCAUGUGUUGGACAAUGGGCGUAGUACCCUACUUGAGCCUUGUGAUUCCAAGUUACUUAUUUCACAAGAAAAACAUCAACAUGGCGUCGGUUCUUGUACGGGGAUAUUCUGUACUACAGUGAAUGAUGAGACUCCUGGAAUGUCGACUGAGGACCGCCAGUUUCUGGAAAUAAUGGACAGGGAGUUUCACAGAGAUUCCUAUGGAAAAUGGACAGCCCCAUUACCCUUCCAACAUGACAGGCCUGUGUUACCAAAUAAUUACACUCAAGCAAUGAGACGGGCUAUGAUCUUAGAUGCUUCGUUGAGAAAAAAUCCCACCAAACUUGGACAUGCCUUAGAAUUCAUGAGGAACAUUUUUGACAGAAAUCACGCAGAGGUAGCCCCACCUCUGAAACCAAAUGAAGAAUGUUGGUACCUACCAAUUUUCGGGGUGUACCACCCACUCAAACCGGAGAAGAUUCGCAUGGUGUUCGACUCUUCAGCUCGCUUCCAGGACUUGUCUCUGAACAGCGUACUUUUGUCAGGUCCAGACCUUACAAAUAGUCUCAUUGGAGUGUUGAUGCGUUUUAGGAUGGAAGCUGUAGCUGUGACCGCAGAUAUAGAGCAAAUGUUCCACUGCUUUGGUGUCUCAGAGAAACAUAGGAACUUCUUAAGAUUUUUAUGGUACACAGACAAUGACCCUACCAAGCCUCUAACGGAGUACCGCAUGACAGUCCAGGUUUUUGGAAACACCCCAUCACCUGCUGUAGCUACUUAUGGGUUUCGUCUUGCUGCCAUUCAAGCAGAACACAGCUUUGGGAAGGAUGUAAGAGAGUUUGUGGAGCGGAACUUUUACGUGGAUGAUGGUCUGGUGUCCCUACCAACAACACAAGAAGCCAUAGAUCUCCUACGACGAACUCAACAGGCCUUACUGACCCACGGGAACCUCAGAUUACAUAAGAUUGCCUCUAAUGACCCUAGAGUGAUGCAGAGCUUUGAUGUGAAAGAUCUAGCAAAGGACUUGAUUGACUUAGAUAUUACACAUGAUGAUCUUCCUACCCAGAGGAGUCUAGGACUCGUGUGGGAUCUUCAGAGGGAUGCCUUUGGGUUUAAACUUAGCAGGAAGGAGAAACCGUACACUAAAAGAGGAGUUUUAUCAUGUGUUAAUAGCCUGUACGACCCUCUAGGCUUCAUAGCGCCUAUCACUAUUCAGGGAAAGUUACUUCUUAGAGAAAUGACACAGGCACCUUCUGUAGACUGGGAUGCUCCCUUACCAGAAGAAUUCCAGAGCAGAUGGGAUGAUUGGACCCAAUCACUGACUCGUCUUGGAGCAUUGAAUGUACCUCGUAAGUACCUGCCUAUUGGCUUCUCUCAGCUUCAAGAGAGGAACGUACUGAUUUUCACAGAUGCCUCAGAGGUUGCUAUUGCUGCUGUGGCCUACCUGUUUCACAGUCAUGGUGGAGACAUCAAUCUGGGUUUCAUUAUGGGUAAAUCUAAAGUCGCACCCAGACCAGCCACUUCUAUACCACGCUUAGAGUUGUGCGCGGCCGUCCUGGGAGUAGAAAUUGCUACUAUUAUAAGGGAUCAGCUAGACAUCAAUGCAGAUCAUUUCAAAUUCUACACGGACAGCAGGAUCGUUCUGGGUUAUGUUUACAAUCGCACAAAGAGAUUUUUAACCUACGUAAGCAACAGAGUUCAAAGAAUUCUAAGCUUCUCCAAAUCAUCUCAAUGGAACUACAUCCCUACGGACCAGAACCCAGCAGACCAUGGCACUAAAUCUACUAUCGACAGUGCACUGUAUGACUCAUGGCUCAGUGGACCAAUAGAAUGGCUACGCCAGAAGAUACUGUAG